UUCAUCUUGCGACCUUGAAUGUCGCAUAAAUUUAGCAAAUUCUAAUUUAGCAUAAAAAAGCUAUGAAUUAGAUGAUUUUUAGUUAAUUAUUGCAUUUUAGUCAUAGCUUAACUUGUAUUAAUUAUAGCAAUCAAAUUCCGUUACUUUUUUGGCCGCUCAAAAAUUGGGUUAUGUUAUUAUUUUUUCUGAAAAUUUGUUAGAAACGCGAUAAAACAUAAAAAUGUCUUAUAUUAGCGAUUUACGUAUUGCGGUAAUAUGCUCCAGCAACAUGAACCGAAGCAUGGAGGCUCAUGCCUUCCUUGCAAAAAAGGGCUUUCUAGUGCAGUCCUUUGGGACAGGGGACAAAGUUAAAAUACCUGGCUCAGCAGCGGAUAAGCCAAAUAUAUACGACUUUGGUGUUUCCUACGACGAGAUUUACCACGAUUUAUUGACUAAAGACAAGUCACUCUACACACAAAAUGGGUUAUUGCACACCUUGGACAGGAACAAGAGAAUAAAGACACACCCUGAACGGUUUCAGGAGACUGAUGAAAAGUUUGAUAUUUUGAUAACUUGUGAGGAAAGAGUUUACGAUCAAGUAGUGGAGUAUAUGGAUAGCAAAACACCAGUUGAUAACUCCAUAGUGCAUGUUAUCAACAUUGACAUUCAAGAUAACUUGGAGGAAGCCACAAUAGGAGCCUUUUUAAUAAGUGAUAUGUGUCUUAUGUUAGCCAAAGCCGAGGAUUUAGAUAACGAUAUUGAGGAAGUUUUACACAAUUUUGAGGAAAAAUGCCAAAGGCCUAUAUUGCACAGCAUUGUAUUUAAUUAAUUUAUUAUAAAAAUUCUCAACUUGAUUUUGUCUUCCUAAUAAAACUUUUUUAAUCAGU